CAUUAAUAAAAAUCCGUGGGCGUACAAACCACUUUACGCUUUCCGGUUCCGGCGUCCGCCGCCCAACUGCUCCCCAUUCUGCCGCUGCGGCAACAGCCACCGCCCGCCUCCUUCUCUUCCGACAUGGCGAGGCCUUCGCGCCACGCCUUGGGUACGAUCUCCGGCGCGCACCGUCGUGGAUUCCAGAAACGCGCUGUCCUGCGAGCCGGUGUGGUGCUCUUUCUCGCCACCCUCGUUGCGCUGUCCUUGGCCGUGCUGCACCGUGCCGAUCCUGCCGUCUCGCAGUCGCAUGAGGAUUCCUGGGGGUGGGACGCAAUGCACUCAGUCGCCGAGUACGACGAGGAUGGCGCCCAGGGCGAGGAUCUGGUCAGUCCGCCUCAUCCCUCUUCUGUUAGACAGUGAGGAUCUCAAACUUGAUCGAGUCUUGCAGAAGGCCUCAACAAGAGAUAACACAGUUAUAUUGACUACACUUAAUGCUGCAUGGGCUUCUCCUGGCUCGGUGAUAGACCUAUUCAUUGAUAGCUUUCGCUCUGGUGUUAGUACAAGUUCACUCUUGAAUCAUCUAGUCAUCAUAGCAUUUGAUUGGAAUGCAUACAAGCAAUGUCUUAAGAUCCACCACUAUUGCUUUGUUCUGGCAACCAAGGGUGUGGAUUUUUCUGAAGAGAAGAGGUUCUUGACUUCUGGGUAUCUGGAGAUGAUGUGGAAAAGGCUUGAUUUCUUGCGGACGGUUCUUGAAAAAGGUUACAGCUUCAUAUUCUCGAUUGCUUGCGACCACUAUGUUGGGAAUGCAACAGACUUGAAAAGCAUUGCUAAUGGUGGCUUCAAUUAUGUGAAAUCAAAUGAUCGGACCAUAGAAUUUUACAGUUUCUGGUAUUCAUCACGAUUGCGAUAUCCUGGCUACCAUGACCAGGAUGUAUUCAAUGCUAUCAAGCACGAUCCUUAUGUUACAGACAUUGGGCUGAAAAUUAAGUUUUUAAGUACUGCAUACUUUGGUGGAUUCUGUGAACCGAGCAGAGAUUUAAACAAGGUUUGCACUAUGCAUGCUAACUGUUGCAUCGGUUUGCGGAGCAAGAUUUAUGAUCUAAGGAUUAUGCUGGAUGAUUGGAGGAGUUAUUUAUCAUUGCCUCCAAGCUUGAAAAGAUUGAGGCAAUUGGCUUGGAGGGUGCCACAUAAUUGCAGCCUUUCUUCACUGAACAAAUAAGACAUGCUUGCGAACUACAAAAGGAAAUGAGAACAAUGGAGCAGCCUUAGCUGUUGUGCAUAUUUUGACCAGAAAAUUAAUAGGAAGGUGGGUUACCAACUUCAGUUUAUGGUAAGUAUGUUCGUGCUUGCCAUCAUGGCAUGUCAUCAAGCACGUACUUGGUGCAUGGAUUUAAGGAAAAAAUGUGCUACACUGAUGUUAUGCUUCUCACUGAGAACGUUAAGGGUAUUGUCAAAAGAGAAGGUGCAGGUUCUCUGCUGACUCUAGUAUCUUGCAGCUUCCCCCCUUCUGGUUCCAAAUGUUGUACCUGGUGGUUCUUUAGGUCUUUAGGUUUAGUAGGCCUAAGCAAAAUUUGACAAUAUAAUUGCUGACCGCUGUAAUGUGUAGAUUCAAUUACACUUCGUUUAAUGUGCAUGCUUGCCUUUCAAAAUUUUCA